AUGGAGGACGAACAUGAUCAACAAGGGGACACCAGCUCGUCAAGUCUCUCUUCAGCCCCGUCUCUCGUUGAAUCUGAUAUUCUACCGACAGAUUCCACCCAAUCUUCACAAGACGAGAGCAGGGCCAACACCACCUCUUCCGGCGAGCGGUGGCGAAAUCCUACAUCGCGCGAGGACGCAAAGCCAGCUUCCACCGUGACUAUUAAACGCCCAACCAAGCCAACCAAGGCGCGAAAAUGGGACGCUGAAAAUAUCGUCAUCAACCCAAAGUCCCCCCUCGCAAAGGCCGAUCUGAGAAGGCUUCUGGCAAAUCCAGUGGCAUGGGAAAUACUUGAUGCCACUGACAAGGCAGAGAUACUCGCCUUAUUCCCAGACAAAGAGCACAUUCUCGACCCAGACAGUGAGAAUGCGCGACCCAAUUUGAUGUCGUUGAUGAACGAUGACACCUUCCGCCAUGACUGUGCCACCUACACUGAGAAUAUCGCCUUGGGUCGUUUUGAUCCGGAGUGGCUCGCAAGCGCUUGGUCAGCGCAUGAGCGACGCAAAUUGGGGGAUUUCGACGAGCAUCUCGCAGACAAAUUCGAAGCUGAGUGGCAGGUUCAACUUCCACAAGACUUCAAGCCAAAGCGACAAGUAAACCGCGGCAGCAGCCAAAAUGAAGCCGUCAACGGGGAGAAUAAAGCUCUAGAGGCGACCCCACGGGAAACACAAGAUGGAGACGGCGGCCCGGGUGGCAGUGAAAUGAAAGAUCUGACAACCGAAACCCCGACCAAAGUAGCGAGAUGCGAUGCAGUCGACAGCGACGCCAUGUCAAUCGAUGAACUACAAGCAGACGACCCCCAGCCUCAAGAAGCACCGACUCCCUCCUCAUGGAAGCAGAGGCGGGGUUCAACGAUCCACGUAUCUGGGAUCGCAGACGAGAAGGACGAGCUAGCAUGA